AUGCAGAAGCAUCUAGAUGAAAAGCGAAAACAGUACGAGCAGAAUAUUCUGGUUGCUUUGCAUCGCAUUGGCGUUCUUGAUAACCCAAGUCUGUCUCUAUUCCAGGCUCUUUUAUCAGGCGUCAUGUACAUGUUGCUUUCUGGGAAGCUAGAAAGAUGCUGGCAGUUGAACGCCGCGGCAUCACGAAUUUGCACAGCUCUGGGAGGCUAUAGUCUCAUCACAUCGUUCCCUACACAGUCGGUUGAAUCUCAAGAGGCGAGAUACUCUGUAUCGUUAUGUUACAUGUUUGACAAAGCGCUGGCUUCGAGUAUGAACAGAACUACCUGUCUGCCUGAGAUGGAUCUAAAUAUCUCGGAGUUGAUGCCGUCCAACCCAUCGAAACCGUAUACAUCGCUCGUACACGUGUACCUGCAGCUGGCUGAAAUUCAGAAUGAAAUCAUUUUCAAUUCUAGACGGCGGAAAGAUCCGAAGGACAUUUUGGAGACGGUGCAGGCGAUGCAGCAGAAUAUGUGGAAAAUCAAGGAGAACAUUAGAGAGUUCCGAAACAUUUCGUUGCAUUCCCAAGAUAGUUACUUGCGCGGCGAAUGGAUGGGGGCAGAUUUUGCCUAUCACUCAGUGAUGACAUCCAUCGUCAGGCUUCACCCCUACAUUGCUGAGGACGGCGGCCUUCACCAGCAACUGCUCGGGUAUGCGCGAACAUCGUUGUCGUGCCUGCAUGACAUGCUAGCACACGGAAAGACUCUCGAUGACAUGCACAACUUCAGUGUUUCCGUAUCAUGGCUUGUGCUCUUUUACCCUCUCUAUCCGUUUUUCGUUCUCUUCACACACGCCGUGAGCGCCUCUAGUGUGGAGGAUUUUCAGCUUCUAUCCAAGGUCACAACAGAUCUUGAGGGGUUUGCUGGUCAAAACUCGGCCUUGAUGGGACCGCAGCACCUGGAGUCGUCCAAGGCCACGAGUCCUCGAUGGACCAACCCCUUCCCGGCUGUCUUUGAGGAUGGCCCCGGUAUUAAUUGGAGUGCAAUUGGUGCUCAUGAAACGGCGACUAUUCCUGGCUUCGGCACUUUGGAUGAGCACGAUUUAUUGGCGGAGCUGUACAGUGCCCAGCCCUCAAUUGGAUGGAUCGAUGGAGGCUGGCCUUCGUGA